AUGACCAUAAAACCUGUAGUUGCUGCACCCCAAAAACGUACGGGUAAUACUGCGUCCGCUGGUGGAGCCGAUGGUGACAAAAAGGACACCCACACCGUGUCCAAUGUGGGAGAUGCAGCCUCAUCAUCGAAUCGCGGGUCCAAUGUUCAUUCUCAUCGUAAUGUGGUAAUAGAUAACCAUGGACAGAGCCCCCAGCGUAGAGUAGAUGUCUAUGAUGAUCUAACUCGGCAUCGUCGUAGUCCCCACAAAACGAAUCGCAAUAAGCGACGUGAUCACUUGGCCGAACAUCAUCAUCACAAACGUGAAAGGGUGUCGGAUAAACACAAUUUGGUGCCCAAGUGUAAUAGUCCUCAUGGUGCUGGUGUCAGUGGAGGUUCGGUUGGCGGUGUGGGUGUCAGUGGUGUGGCAGGUAUUGCUGGUACAAGUUCCUCUUCGAUAACGGGUGUCAAUUCAUCCACGGCCAAUAAUGCAAUUUCUCAUGCAUCUCCCGUGGGGGGUAAUAAUUCUCCAGAACAUCAUACAUCGGGUUCUCAAGCAUCAACUGUGGCCCAGGCUGCCAGUGGCCUCUUGAAAGCUAUUGAAGAUACCUUUUCGGGUUAUAAUUCAGGCGAUGAGCACUUACAGCCAGCCGAGGCGAAGACAACGGCCGAUGAAUGGCAGCGUAAAGAUGAACAAUUUGCCAAAUGUAUGGCUGAUCGUGGUUAUAUUUUGAAACAGGUCGAAGAGGAUGGUGCCUGCCUGUUUCGGGCCAUAUCUUUGCAGAUCUAUGGUGAUGAAGAGAUGCAUGAUGUCAUACGGCAGCAUACAAUGGAUUAUAUUUACAAAAAUCGUGAAUACUUCAGCCAUUUUGUCACCGAGGACAUAAACAACUAUAUAAAACGCAAACGACGUAAGGAGUCCCAUGGCAAUCACAUUGAAAUUCAGGCCAUGUCGGAAAUUUAUAGUCGUCCUGUUGAGGUCUAUUGCUAUAAGCCAACUCCCAUAAAUAUUUUCAAUUCGGAACAACUGAAUAAUGGCUAUGCCCCAUUACGUUUAUCUUAUCAACGAGGCUCACAUUAUAAUGCCAUUUUGGAUCCAUAUAAUGCUACAGUGGGUGUAGGUCUAGGUUUAGCUGGUUAUAAACCCGAACUACAAACAAAAGAAGCUGUACGCCUUAGCGAACAAUUGGAAAUUGAACAGACAAUGUUUGAGGAUAAACUUAAGACCACAGAUUGGGAAGCAACCAAUGAAGCCAUCGAGGAACAAAUAGCACGAGAAUCUUAUCUGCAGUGGUGUCGUGAGAAUUUACAGAAAACCAGAAAUCAAACAGCAAAUACAGCCUCAACAUCGGCCACAGUGACAUCAGGGCAGGCAGCAUCCGAUUGUGAGGCUUCACCAUCAAAGUAUGCCAAUAGCCAACGUGGUAUGGGUAAUAAUAGUACAGUCACAGCAUGUUCCUCAUCCUCGUCGUCGUUGGCACAGCCACAAAUUGCAGAGAACACAAAUCAAAAUUUGGAGCAUAAAUUUGCCACCUCCUGUGGUUCUUCACCCAAACAUUUGAUGGCCACAAAGAAGACGGAGGAAAUGGGUUAUGAUAGUGAUGAUACAGAUAUAAGUAGUACUAGUUCAACAGGAGGUGGUGGUAAUUGUUCGCCCUCUUCAACGAAGUCUAGGAGUAAAAAAUGCAAAUCAAAAUUGUCAAACACAAAACAGGGCAAGAAACGUAGACGAGAUCAACAGACAAAUGCGGAUAGUUGUAAUAAUCCCUCUCUACCUCAUAAAAGUCCCAAAUAUGAUACAUGCAACAGAUCGAUGACACCCGACUAUGAACAACAAAAACCCUGCACCUCUAAACAAUCUCAUUCUCCGGACAAAGAAAAGAGCACUGCCUCUGUCACUGCAUUGUCUACCUCGGCUGCCUCAUCAUCAUCAUCAACGACAACAUCGGCUAGAGCGAAAGAAGAAACCACAAGUAAUUUCUAUCAGGAACUAUUAGAGGCUUCGUAUGCAAGUGAAGAUUUUGGCCAACUUACUGAAUCGGAAAUGUUACAACGAGCAAUACAAAUGUCCACCCAGGAUUACAUAGAAGAUCAAAAGCGUAAAUAUCUCUAUGGACCAUAA